AUGAUCGGAUGCUCACAAAUUUUAACUGUCUCAGAGGGACAGCCAGAGAGUAUUGUUGAAGAUAUUGAAAUGAUGGUCCGGUCUUAUGUUGAAAAGCCAAAUUGCAUUAUUUUGGCCAUCUCUCCUGCUAAUCAAGACAUAGCAACUUCAGAUGCUAUAAAGCUUGCCAGGGAAGUUGACCCAACAGGUGAAAGGACAUUCGGAGUGUUGACGAAACUUGAUUUGAUGGAUAAAGGGACCAAUGCACUUGACGUACUCGAAGGCAGAGCGUACAGGCUCAUGCAUCCAUGGGUUGGAAUUGUGAAUCGCUCUCAAGCUGAUAUCAACAAGAAUGUUAACAUGAUUUCUGCUCGUCAGAAGGAGAGGGAAUAUUUUGAGUCCAGCCCAGAGUAUGGACAUCUGGCUCAUAAAAUGGGUUCAGAGCAGCGAAUUCCCAGCAUUAUUGCCUUAAUAAAUAAGACUAUUGAUGAGCUUAAUGCGGAGUUGGAUCGUAUUGGUAGGCCCAUUGCUGUGGAUGGAGGGGCACAGCUGUAUACAAUUCUGGAAAUGUGUCGCGCAUUUGAUCGCAUUUUCAAGGAACAUCUAGAUGGAGGGAGGCCAGGAGGAGACAAGAUAUAUGGUGUUUUUGAUCACCAACUACCUGCCGCUCUAAAGAAGCUUCCAUUUGAUCGCCACCUCUCUCAAAGUAAUGUUAAAAAAGUUAUUUCAGAAGCAGAUGGGUAUCAGCCUCACUUGAUUGCCCCGGAACAAGGAUACAGAAGACUAAUUGAUGGAUCACUUGGCUACUUCAAGGGGCCUGCUGAAGCUUCAGUUGAUGCGGUACAUUUCGUUUUAAAAGAACUUGUGAGGAAGUCUAUUGCAGAAACUGAGGAAUUGAAACGAUUUCCGACACUUCAGUCUGAUAUAGCAGCAGCGGCAAAUGAAGCACUGGAAAAGUUCCGUGAUGAGAGUCGUAGGGCGGUUCUACGACUGGUGGAAAUGGAGUCUGCUUACCUAACAGUUGACUUCUUCCGAAAACUUAACACUGAACCAGAGAAAACAGCAAAUCCUGCUGGCCCAAACGCUGAUCGUUACACUGUCAAUCAUCUUAGGAGAAUCGGUACAAAUGUGUCCGCUUACAUUAGUAUGGUUUGCGAUACCAUGAGGAAUAGUAUUCCCAAGGCUGUUGUUCAUUGUCAAGUUCGAGAGGCUAAGCGAUCACUGCUAAAUAUUUUCUAUGCACAAAUUGGAAGAAGGGAGGUGAGUUUGCUUGCCAUUGUUAUCUACAAAAUAAUUACG